AUGCAUGCCCCGCUGAAGCCAGCCACCGCUCCAUAUUUUCCACCGCCCCCAAGAUUCACGUCAACAUCAAAGCCGCGAUCGAAAUUUGCAAAAGCCUCGACAGAUGGCCCUCCCAAACCACCCCAAACACUCCGUCGGUCUCGCCAGAUCCUCCUCCCAAUCAUCCUCAUCCUCUCCUUCAUCACCACUAUCCUCAGCAUGAUCUAUGCCUACUGCAUCGCAGCCCCCCAUACGAGACUCUCGACCGAAGAUUUUGCCAGAGAGCCUACAACCGAGCUCGAUGACUCCAUGUUCAGCAAACUGCUCCGCCGCGGGUCGACCAACCCGAGCAGCGACGGCGACAGUCCCAUCCCUGUCGUCAUGAUCGCCUACACGCUGGCAACACCUGUGGCCACACUGUUCUAUAUUCUCUUUGAGCUCAGCAUGACCGUGAUCCGCCCGCUCGUGAGCAUCACAAGGCGAACCCACUUCGUCUUCUUCACCUGCGUGCUUGUCCUGGUGGCAGGCUGGACGACCAACAACGCUCUGUGGAUCCAUUGCGAGAUGCCAGCGCCGAGUCUGACGCAGAGCAUGCAAAUGUGCCCCCCCUCAGUGCGCGGCCAUUUCAUGUACGGCAUCCACGAACUGACCAUUGCCAAGGUGGUGCUCGCGUGGCUGAUCGUGCUGGGCCUCCUUCUGCACGCCUUGUGCAUUCUGAAGAACCUUCGCGAUAUUAGAAUGUACGGAGGCGAGGGCUUGGGGAUCCAUCAUGGCGCUGUGCGCAUGGUGUUGCAGAUGGAAGAGGGUGCGAGGGUUCAGAAAGGGCUGAGGAGGGAUUUCAAGAGGCAUGGUGUCAGAGUUGCCGAAGGGUACUGA